GAGAGCUCAGAAGCGAAGCAGUUCAGCCCUGCCUGCGUUGUCACAAAGUCUCCCGAGUCUGAGACUCGGCUGCAGCCGGGCGCAGGAGACAUCAAUUACCAGGAGUUUGCAAAGCGGCUUUGGGGUGACAUCUACUUCAACCCCAAGACCCGCAAGUUCACUAAAAAGGCCCCAACGAGCAGCUCCCAGCGCAGUUUUGUGGAGUUCAUUCUGGAGCCCCUGUAUAAGAUCCUGGCUCAGGUGGUGGGAGAUGUGGACACGACCCUGCCCAGGACUCUGGAUGAACUUGGCAUCCACCUGACCAAAGAAGAAUUGAAGUUGAACAUCCGGCCCCUCCUGCGGCUCGUCUGCAAGAAGUUCUUUGGGGAGUUCACAGGCUUUGUGGACAUGUGUGUGCAGCACAUCCCCUCGCCGAAGGUGGGAGCCAAGACGAAGAUCGAGCAUACCUACACCGGCGGUGUCGACUCUGACCUGGGGGAGGCCAUGAGCGAAUGCGACCCUGACGGUCCACUGAUGUGUCACACCACAAAAAUGUACAGCACGGACGAUGGCGUUCAGUUCCACGCCUUUGGCAGAGUGCUCAGUGGUACCAUCCAUGCUGGGCAGCCUGUGAAGGUCCUUGGAGAAAACUAUACCCUGGAAGAUGAGGAGGAUUCCCAGAUCUGCACCGUUGGACGCCUCUGGAUCUCAGUUGCGAGGUACCACAUUGAGGUGAACCGAGUUCCUGCUGGCAACUGGGUGCUGAUAGAAGGAGUGGACCAGCCCAUCGUGAAGACUGCGACUGUCACGGAGCCUCGUGGCAAUGAGGAGGCUCAGAUCUUCCGUCCUUUGAAGUUCAACACCACAUCUGUUAUCAAGAUAGCUGUGGAGCCAGUCAACCCCUCAGAGCUCCCCAAAAUGUUAGAUGGUCUCCGCAAAGUCAACAAGAGUUACCCCUCGCUUACGACUAAGGUGGAGGAGUCUGGGGAGCACGUGAUCCUGGGGACGGGGGAGCUCUACCUGGAUUGUGUGAUGCACGACCUGCGGAAGAUGUAUUCGGAGAUCGAUAUCAAGGUCGCCGAUCCCGUUGUGACAUUCUGCGAGACAGUGGUGGAAACGUCCUCCCUCAAGUGCUUUGCUGAGACCCCCAACAAGAAGAACAAGAUCACGAUGAUUGCUGAGCCUCUGGAGAAGGGACUUGCGGAGGACAUUGAAAAUGAAGUGGUGCAGAUAACGUGGAACAGAAAGAAGCUGGGUGAAUUCUUCCAGACCAAAUAUGACUGGGAUUUGCUGGCUGCCCGCUCCAUCUGGGCCUUUGGGCCAGAUGCCACUGGCCCAAACAUCCUGGUGGAUGAUACACUGCCCUCUGAGGUGGACAAGUCUCUGCUGGGCUCUGUGAAGGACAGCAUUGUGCAGGGAUUUCAGUGGGGGACCAGGGAAGGACCUCUCUGUGAUGAGCUGAUCCGCAACGUGAAGUUUAAGAUCCUGGAUGCGGUGAUUGCUCAGGAGCCCUUGCACCGGGGUGGAGGACAGAUCAUCCCGACGGCCCGCAGAGUGGUCUAUUCUGCUUUCCUGAUGGCCACCCCUCGCCUGAUGGAGCCGUACUACUUCGUGGAGGUGCAGGCUCCUGCCGACUGCGUGUCUGCGGUGUACACGGUCCUGGCCAGGCGCAGAGGCCAUGUGACACAGGAUGCCCCGAUCCCGGGCUCUCCUCUCUACACCAUCAAAGCCUUCAUCCCGGCCAUUGAUUCAUUCGGGUUCGAGACAGACUUGAGGACCCACACGCAGGGACAAGCCUUCUCGCUCUCUGUCUUCCACCACUGGCAGAUUGUGCCUGGUGACCCCUUGGAUAAGAGCAUCGUCAUCCGACCGCUGGAGCCCCAGCCAGCCCCGCAUCUGGCCAGAGAGUUCAUGAUCAAGACCAGGCGUAGGAAGGGCUUGAGCGAGGACGUGAGCAUCAGCAAGUUCUUCGAUGACCCCAUGUUGCUGGAACUGGCCAAACAAGACGUCGUUCUCAACUACCCCAUGUGA